UUAAACCCGCCCAUAGAAGAAGAAAAACCUCUCUUGACUAACAAAAAAAAAAUUAAAAACAUGGCCCCUGGUUUCUCUUCUCUUUCGAAUCUAUCUUCUUCAAAAAAUCCACUUUAAUCCAAUCCUUUCGUAUUUUUAUUCUCACCUUCUCCUCGUUUUUCCCGAAACUGUUCUUUUGCCCUCUUCUCUCAAUUUUACUCUUAACAAAUCGAACAGUGUUCGAUAACUUUUAGAUUGAAAGUUCUGUUUUUGAUUUGGUCGGGAAAAAGAAAACUAGGGUUUUAAAUGCGAACUGGUACAGUUGUGUCUGGACGAGUAAGUAAAGAUCUCUCAAAAACGAAUCCAAAUGGGAAUAUUCCGUUGGUGACGAAAUCUAUCGCUUCUGAGAAUCGUUCUAGUUCACGUAAGAAGAUCCAACGACGGAGCCAGAAAACCCUAAUCUGUCCGGUUCAGAAACUGUUUGAUACUUGUAAGAAAGUUUUCGCUAAUGGCAAAUCUGGAACCGUCCCUUCUCAAGAAAACAUUGAGAUGCUUCGAGCCGUUUUGGACGUAAUCACGCCUGAGGAUGUUGGUGUGAGUCCUAAGAUGCCGUUUUUUCGAUCUAAAGUGACCGGAAGUUCUCCGUUAGUGACGUAUCUUCACAUCUAUGCAUGUCAUAGAUUCUCGAUUUGCAUUUUCUGUUUACCACCAUCUGGUGUAAUCCCUCUUCAUAAUCACCCGGAGAUGACUGUGUUUAGUAAGCUCUUGUUUGGUACAGUGCAUAUCAAAUCCUAUGAUUGGGUUGCAGAUUCUCCCCAGCCGAGUUCAGAUACUCGUUUGGCGAAAGUGAAAGUAGAUUCGGAUUUUACGGCACCUUGUGAUACUUCUAUACUCUAUCCGGCUGAUGGAGGGAAUAUGCAUUGCUUCACCGCGAAAACAGCUUGCGCGGUUCUUGAUGUUCUUGGUCCUCCAUACUCUGAUCCCGCAGGACGUCAUUGUACUUACUAUUUCGAUUAUCCGUUCUCUAGUUUUUCAGUUGAUGGAGUCGCGGUUGCGGAAGAAGAGAAGGAAGGCUAUGCAUGGUUGAAGGAGAGGGAAGAGGAGCCAGAGGAUUUGACGGUUAGUGCAAUGAUGUAUAGUGGACCAACCAUCAAAGAAUGAAUGUAAAAAAAAAAUCGGAAGCAUAGCAACCAAAAAAAAAAAAACCCUCUAUUUUCUUUGUUUCUAGAUUUCUGUUGGGUUUUGGUUGUAUAUAAAAAGAAGUUUUUGAAAGUACACACAAGGACAAAUCUAGUACUUAUUUAUUUAGAUAACAAAGAAUAGCAAGUACACCUUUGUCGGAAUGUUGUAGUCUCUGUUUUGGUCAAAGAUCCUUGCAAGUCGUUGUCGUAUUA